UUAGAAUUUGUUCCCUUCCAAACGAGUGCGAGAAAGAGAUAUCAAAAAGCACACGGAAGCCGAUUAAAAUUUGACAGCAUCAGAAAAAUAAUUUUAACUUGCGAAUAUCACUGAACGGUGUAAAAUCAUUAGAUAAAUAUUGUUUGUAAAUAUUAAAACAACAAUAACAACGUGCAGCCGUUAUUCAUUUACAAGCAAAAACAAAGCGUGCCAGGGUCAUAGCACCGGUGAAAACUGUCUGCUACGGAUAUUUUGGAUAAAAGGCAUCGUUUCUAGACUUUUCUUCCUGACCAACAGUUAACUCAAACCAAACUGCCACUAAACCAACAUGUCUCAUACAAUCCUUUUAGUGCAGCCGGCUUCACGUCCCGAGACGCGCACUUACAGUGACUACGAAAGCGUUAACGAAUGCAUGGAAGGUGUUUGCAAAAUCUAUGAAGAACACCUGAAAAGGCGCAAUCCAAAUACACCGACAAUAACAUACGACAUAAGUCAACUCUUCGAUUUUGUUGAUCAACUGGCGGAUAUAAGUUGCCUCGUAUAUCAAAAAUCCACAAAUACUUAUGCACCUUACAACAAGGAGUGGAUCAAAGAGAAAAUUUACGUGCUACUACGACAGGCAGCGGGAAAUUCAAAUUGAUAUGGUUGGCGAAAUGGCAACGCUAAGGUCAGAAACACACUGAUAAGCUGUUUCAGAAAUUGAACGUACUGAACUUUUCGAUGCAUUUUGAAAAUUUAAUUUGUGUCCAAUAAACUCUUCGAUUAAACAAAUAGUGAUAAGGAAGUAGUUGUAAGUAUUUCUUCAAGUCUCCGUAAGGAUAUUGUAAACUGAUAAUGUACCAGUUAACUUAUGUAAAUGGACGCGUUGGGAUGAGUUUACUUUAAACAAUAAAUGACAGAAAACUUA